AUGGCAGAGGCUACCGCCCGUUCGACGUCGUCGUCGUCUUCCACAGGCGGCAGUGUCGUUGUGCAGAAGACCUCCGAGUCCGACCCGAUUCAUCCGAGGACCCGAACCGUUACCACGAAGGUUCUGAAGACUAAGGUUCACGUGUAUAAGCAAGGGAAGGGCCCGAACGACAUCAUCAAAAUGGCCUGGUCGGGUGGGACUAGGACCAGCUCGAGGUGCGCGAGAUCCCUGACAAGAAUGAAUUUAAAUCGAUCUACGCAUUCGCGCCCGAAUCGGGUCGUGGCGUGCCGAUCCGGUUUCAACCCGAGGAAUGGAUGGUCGCUGCUCACUUACAGGGACAAUGUCGUUAUGUUGAUGGCGAGCCCAAUGUAA